GCAGACAGACAUGGACACAUGCAGGACAUUUGCAAUGGUGCUUUUACCCAUUUUAUUUUUGCUUUCAUCUGUCGUGAAGAUUGUCUCAGGGUCAGAUUGGUGCUACCAGUCUCAAGUCGCAUGCAGUAGCACCUGUAAAGGUCCAGAGACUUGGGGAGUGGUGUCUCAUCAUUGCAGCGGCAGAUCUCAGUCUCCUGUUAACAUCGUGAUGAGGAGAGUAUUUCCAGAUGAACGCCUCACUCCUCUUCACUUCACGGGCUAUCAAGAAACUUUUCAUAGCCGCUUCAUAAACACCGGUCACUCUGUUCAGCUGGAGUUGCCCUGCAGUAUAAGGGUCAAGGGAGGAAAUCUGCCUGCGACGUACAAGGCGAUUCAACUUCACCUGCAUUGGGGCAAAGAUGGAGGGCCAGGUUCUGAACACUUAAUCGAUGGAGAACAAUUCCCAAUGGAGAUGCAUAUUGUUCAUAUAAAAGAAAAAUACGACUCCAUAUCCCAGGCUGUCAGAGACCGCACAGGUGUGGCUGUUCUUGGAUUCUUCUUUCAGGAGUCUGGAUCUGCAAAUAAGAAAUUUGAACCCAUUAUAAAGGCCCUGAAAUACAUCCAACAACCUAGCAACAGCACCACAGUGAAGGAAGUGUCCCUGGACAUGUUCACUCUGCCGCAGAAAAAUAUGACCAAGUACUUUCGCUACGAAGGUUCGCUCACUACACCCAGCUGUGCUGAAGCUGUCGUCUGGACUAUGUUUGAAAACACUAUUCCUCUGAGCAGGAAACAGCUCACUGCUUUCUCCCAGCUUCAGUUCUCUGACGGAACGCAAAUGGUCAGAACCUACAGAUCAGUGCAGCCCUUGAAUGGGAGGCAGGUGUAUUACUCAAGAGGCCACGUGGGAGCAGUAAGCACUGUGUUACUCAUCCUGGCAGCGCUGGUGCCCAGUGCACUCUCCCUGCACACCACAGCAUGAACCUUGAUGAAUGAACCUUUAUGAAUAAAUACUGCUGACACAAGAAUUGCGAAUGAAGAAAUGUAUUUAAAAGUAAAUGAUGUAUGUGUAAGUCUACUGUAUGCACUGUCUGUGAUGUUAUGUUUGGGUAAAAAGAAUGAGCAUUUUUUUUAUUUGUUCUAUACUUUGUGUCUAAUUCGAGUCCUGUUUUUAAGUUGUAGAUUACAUUUAAGCCACAUAGUUUAAGUCUUUAUUUGAUUUCUACAACAAUUGCACUGCGUUUGAAAUUAUUGAUCAAUUAUUUGUUCUUUAUCAGUCUACACUACUUUUGAUUGCACCAUGUAGGAUGAUCCGGAGUAACAGCUGAUAAUCUUUUACUCUUAUCUGAUAUGUUAUCGCGGUUCAUUUGAGUUUCCUUCCUGUUCUGCAGGAAUUUGAACUCUGAAGUGCAGUUUUUUUCUCUCACCUGAGUGAUGGUACACAUGUUCAAGCUGUCGAGUUAAAACAGGUUCAGCCUUUGGUGCGCCCAGUUUGUAAAACAUUAUGUUACCAGUAAAUAAAAAGUUUGAUUCCUGUGUG